UUUCAGUGGCAGUACUCCAGAGUACUCCAUGGAUGGAGGUUCGACAUGAAUUUCAAAUCGCACGUGUCUAAUGCUUUGUUUGGCAAAACCAUUGGAUCCAAACAACACCACCUAAGGAUGAUUCUGAUUUUUUACGUCCUCGAAUAUCGUAUCUGUCAAGUUCAUUAUGGCUACCACAGGCCCCUUCACUGGGUAUCGCCAAGUGGAUUCCUUCGGUCCCGAUGAAGAGUAUUUAUCAGACGACGAAGAAUUUUAUGUCACGCUUGAUCUCGGUACUGUUGAGCCAACCCUACUUCCAAGCAGCUCAACCUAUAGGCUUGUAGGCUUGGAUACGCCUACGCCAUUUCUGCAGCUUUCUGGCUCCUUCUUCAGGGGUCGGCAUGACACACUCCUUGGUUCGGAGCUCUUGUUCACGGAAGGAAAAAAUGAUUCCGAAAGAAAUACGCGAGCUUUAACGCACGUCGGCGUCACUGAACGACGUAUCCGGUUUAAGGAGGUGCAGCUACGGUCGAAGGCCCAUGAAAAAUUGGAAGAGGCUCCUGCUGUCGGUGCGAACUCUUACCAUAAUGUGGCACAAGCAGAAGAUGCUGGGCAUUCACUUGGACGCAUGAUUGGGAGUGUUAUAGAGCCCCCAUCUCGAAAACGCAAGAAACGCCGUAACAAGGGGAAGGAGAAGGAAACGUCCCCUCAAGAGGAGGGUAGAGAUGAUGCCAUGGAUACCACUUAAUUCUACCGUUAAGGCGAUUAGCUCCUACCAUCUUAAUAUUAUCAUUCUGCAUGUGUCGUAUCUGUCAGCCUUCAAG